GAUGCCGCUGACCUUCUCAGCUUCAUGGACGUGGCUGCAAACACGAUCAAGAUGGCGCUGGAAAAGUCAUCAGGCUCAAAACGAAAGCAGAGCCAUCGGAAGUAUCUGCAGAGGCGGGUGAAGAAUUCCGGAGAUUCCCAACAAACAAUCGGGCACACAAAUGUCACUUCGACAAAACGAAUCACAAAGUUAUCACAGAGUCAGUCUCUAGACUCCCUUUUUGACAUAACGAACUUCAAGAAACAAGAGUUUAUUCAAAACGACAAAACGCAAGACGAAAGUUUAGAUUUUUCAGUUUCCCCGCAGCCUAAGUUCACCCUUAAAUCCCGAAAACUGCCACCGUCCUUUUUCGUGGAGCCAGCCGUUUGGCAGAAUCGUAAAGGUGGCCUAGACUCGAAGUCUUCAAUCGACGAUGACACCAGCGUAGAUAUGAAAGCGUCCAGGGGAAAAAACGACAUGCAAAUGUCGUUUCUCCAAAUAGCUACUUCUCCAUUGUCGACAAACUCAUCGCUCUGCGACGGAAACCCCUUUUCGCUUCUUUCGCCUCCGAGAUCGCCUUCUCUACCCACAGACACACUCGAGUCUAUACUCGGACAAGCUGAUCUGCAAGAUAUUCUGAACGUGGGCAACUGG